UAAGGCCCGCCCGCCGUCCCGGCUGCGGCACUCGCACAGCGGCUCCCGGCGCAGCCCGCUCCCGCCCGGGGACAUCGCGGGACGCUCCGCAUUGACCUGUCCCGGCGCGGACACCGCAGCGCUCCGCGCUUGUCCCACCCGGUGACACCGCAUCGCACCUCUUCGCUUCUGUCCCGCUGGUGUCACCGCACCGCACCUGCCCCAGCCCCGGCGGGGGGGCACCUCCCCGGGGGCCCGUUCCUAUCUGCUUCCUCCUGCUUAUGCCAUCCCGUGCCAGCCCUGCGGAGGCAGCAGCAGCCCCUCUGAUUUUGGGGAAGAUUCUUGGUUCCAAGGGUGAGUUCCUCGGGUAGAAUGGGGCGCUUCACUGUGUGGGACUAUGUGGUCUUCGCGGCUAUGCUGCUCAUCUCAGCCAUCAUUGGCAUCUACUACGCCUUCGUGGGAGGCGGGCAGAAGACAUCAAAGGACUUCCUCAUGGCAGGCCGCAGCAUGAGUGCCCUCCCGGUGGCACUCUCCCUCACCGCCAGCUUCAUGUCAGCCGUCACGGUGCUGGGCACCCCUGCUGAGAUCUAUCGCUAUGGUGCCAUCUUCUGCAUCUUUGCCAUCACCUACGGCCUGGUGGUGCUGUGCAGUGCUGAGAUCUUCCUGCCUGUCUUCUACAAGCUGGGCAUUACCAGCACUUAUGAGUAUUUAGAACUUCGGUUUAAUAAAUAUCUACGCCUCUGUGGAACGGUCCUUUUCAUAAUACAAACGACUUUAUACACUGGUAUUGUCAUUUAUGCUCCAGCUUUAGCCCUAAAUCAAGUCACUGGCUUCGACUUGUGGGGUGCAGUGGUGGCGACCGGCGUGGUCUGCACAUUCUACUGCACACUGGGUGGUCUGAAGGCAGUGGUGUGGACAGAUGUUUUCCAGGUUGGAAUCAUGGUUGCUGGAUUUUCAUCUGUGAUUAUACGAGCUGUGGUGGUUCAGGAGGGAAUUGGACGCAUUGUAAAUGAUUCCUACCAUGGAGGAAGAUUAAACUUCUGGGACUUUGAUCCCAAUCCUUUGCAAAGGCACACCUUCUGGACGAUUGUUAUAGGUGGGACUUUCACGUGGACUGGUAUAUACGGGGUUAACCAGUCUCAAGUCCAGAGAUACAUCGCAUGCAAAAACAGAUUCCAUGCAAAAUUAUCCCUCUACAUCAACCUGGUGGGACUCUGGGCAAUCCUGGUCUGUGCCACACUGUGUGGACUGGCCCUCUACUCCAUCUACAAAGACUGUGACCCGUGGACUGCCAACCAGGUGUCGGCACUCGACCAGCUAAUGCCAUACCUAGUGCUGGAUAUCAUGAGUGAUUUCCCAGGAGUGCCAGGACUUUUUGUGGCUAGUGCCUACAGUGGGACAUUAAGUACGGUGUCCUCCAGCAUCAAUGCUCUGGCUGCUGUGACUGUUGAAGACCUCAUUAAGCCCCACUUCAAAUCCCUCUCUGAAAAGAAGCUGUCAUGGAUUUCCAUGGGGAUGAGCCUGUUUUAUGGUGGAGUCUGCAUUGCUAUGGCUGCAGUGGCAUCUCUUCUGGGAGCCUUGUUGCAGGCAGCGCUCAGCAUUUUUGGCAUGGUUGGUGGCCCCCUUUUAGGACUGUUUGCCUUGGGAAUCCUCUGCUCCUUUGCAAAUGGAAUUGGGGCAUUUGUGGGUCUAGUCAGUGGCUUCAUUAUUUCACUUUGGGUUGGAAUUGGAUCUCAGAUUUAUCCUCCACUUCCAGAGAGAACCAAGCCACUCACUCUCUCGACUGUGGGCUGUAAUAUAUCCUCAGGAAAUUUCACAUCAACAGAAAUUCCAUUAACAACGGUUUUCAGCACACCAGGUGCAGAAAGGCCUGCCCUGGCAGACAACUGGUAUUCCUUGUCUUAUCUCUACUUCAGCACACUAGGAACACUGGUCACAGUAGUUGUGGGAAUAAUUAUCAGCCUCCUAACAGGAGGACUAAAGCAGAACACGGAUCGUAAAUUCCUGCUGACCAAGGAAGAUUUCCUGUCCAACUUCUCACGGUCUGAAACUGAGCAACCAGAGAAAGUGGAAGUGUUGAACUGGAAACCAUUUACCAUGGCAGACGAAGGAACUGACAACCCUGCCUUUAGCCACAUUGAAAUGGAUGUUGCAAGUGACAAGAACAAAGCCAAUGGUCUUCACAUAUGACACAAGCCAUGUCAGCCCAUGAGGACAGUUCUGUUCAUGUCAAGCACUGUUGAUGUCCCUGUUAUGGGUCAGUUACCAGCUCUGCUGGGGUCAUGGGCAGGCAUCUGCUGAGCUUUGUGGCACUAUCACCUUUGCAUGACCUUGACAUUAGUCAAGAAAGGAAUCAGGUUUUUCUUGCACUUCCUCACUCUCUCUGGGUCUUGGUGACAGAGCCUAAAGCAAUGUUUCUAUGUGAAAUAUUUGCCUGAUAUUUUUGAGCCUCCUGGAAAAUAUCUGCUUUUAAUCUCAUUUCACCCUCAGAGUGAAUUUUUUAUUUGGAAAGAGUACCGUUUGCCCAGACCUGGCUGUUUUUCUGGCUUGGUUUUUUUUUUCUUCUUUCUUUUAAGGCAUUGAAAGUAUGAAGAGAUUGGGGUGUGGGACCUUAUCAGAUUGCAAGAAACAGUGGGUCUAUUUUUUUGUAUAGGAGGCAUAUUUAAUGCCAUCUGGUUCGUCUGUAGAACUGAUUCUGAGAGCAUAUUUAUUUUGCGGGUUUUGUCGUCUAUGUUUUUUUUAACCCACUUGUUUCUUGGCUACCUGCACCUUCUCCUCUGUGCUCACUGCUGGGAGCUGCAAGAGUGACUUUGGUGGUGGUAGAGGCAAGAGUCAGUACCGUCUUUCCUUUCAUGCCCUAUCUUCCUGUUUUCCUCUGUCUUGCCCUUACAGAGCUGGUCCUCAUGAAGGAAAUAACCUAUUUACACUUUUUAUUCAGUGCCAUAGACCAGAACCACAGCAGCCUUCUGCUGCAUGCCCAGCUUUCUGGCCUAGGAUUGUUCUUGCACUGGGCUGGGCACAGUGCAACAGAGAUGUUCAUGAAGAAGAUUCCCUUUUGGCUGUACUGGACAAGAGUGAAGGCUGCAUCUGCAUUUGCCACAGCAGUUCUCUCCAGCUAUGAGCUGAAACUUUCUUAGUCCUUUGUGUUCUUGGAGUCCUUGUUUUCACUCUGGGGAUUCAUGUUGAGGGUUGGUUCAGAUCAGGCAAGUGCAUACUGUGUUUUGGCAGGUGUGCAGAGCCCCCUGCACAAUUCUCUGGCAUGGAGAAGGGAUCACAAACGAUGUCAGAUGGUGGAGGCUUCUCCAGGGCUGCAGGGCUUAUGGAAUGGCCUAUCCUCUGAUGGGGCUGCCAAGAGAAGUUUAAGAGCCCAUCCAUGUGAGACCAUGCCCUGUGCUGGUGUUUUGGGAGGGUGAAAACCCCCACUGCUUUCUUCUCCUGCUUGCUUUUGGGUACAGAGGGGAAUAGACUGACCCACUGUGUUGUUUUUGUGCUUCAGACUUUUACUAUGACUAUACAGAAAUGUUUAAAACUCUUCUACAGCAGCAAAAUUAAGUUGGAAAAUUAAAGCCAUUGCAGGAAAGCUGAGCUGUGAUGCUUAGAAGGCAGUCAUGCUUGGGAAUCAAGUGAAAAACUGACUGCAUGCGUUAAACGGCUCUCUAAAAGUUUACUGCAUUUGUGCAAGUACUGAGCUGCUGUAACUUGGAAAAGGACACAGUGCUGGCUUAGUUACCUUAACUGGGGCCCUGUAGCAUCUAAAUCUGUUUUUUCUGUGCCCUUGUGACAUAGGGCACUUGAUGAUCUACUGCGCAAGAUAAACUGUUAGCAUCAGAAAACAAAGGUGAAAAAAUGGGCUUGAAGGACCAGACCAGGAGAAGAGGCCCACCAGACACGUUGUGGGUGCCACCAAGGCCAUGACUCCAUCAGCUAACCCAGCACAAAACUAUGUGGUGGUGAAGGCAGGUUUCCCCCAUGCCUCCUGAAGCAUUUUUUUUUGUAUUAUCCAGUGCAGAGUUUAGGACCAGCCCCUUUUCCCCUCGGCUGUAGCUCUGGUUCAGGUCAGUGUCUAAAGCAACUGUGUGGAAGGGCUGUGAUCAAGUGGGAUAGAUCCCAUGAGUUAUGUCUUGUGCCCCUUUAUCUGAGAUCUGAGACAAACAAUAGAAUCCUGAAUAAAGUCUUCUAGGAUUCAGGACAGGAAUAUCUCUGUUUUGGGACUAUCCAAGUUACUCUGAGACAAUUAGCCAUUGACUGACUCAGCUGGCUAUGCUUCUCAAGUCUCAGAAGAUAAGUGCAGCUCAUUCAACCUUGUGCCUUGUGUUCAUGACCCAGAAACAGAUACUGUAUUCUGUGCUAUGGAAUACUUCUUCUGCCUUGGAAUAUAACAAUUUAUACUUACCUGGUACUUUCAGCCCACAGAUCUGAAAGAGGGUAAGUGCUGCUACCUCCAUGCUGCUGCAGAGUGCUGAAGUGGACUGGUGUGCCUCUGUGUACCUGUGCUUUGUGAGAGAGAGUAAGCUGUAACAAAGAACAGAAGCCUGCAGCAAGCACUUGAUCUGUGUGCCUGCCAGUAUGGCUACAGCUCUCCCAAUCCAAAUGCUGAAUUCCCAUCUGCAUAUGCUUCUCCAGAGGGUGACUGGUCACUGCUGUGUGAAACAGAAUCAGCAUGUCCUUUCUGCAUCACUCUAGGCUGAAAUUACUCUGCUGUAGUUGAUGCUGCCUUAGAUAAUCUGUAACUUCUACCUGUUUUGUUCAUGACUAAUCUUCCUGGCUAUCAUACUUAAAAAAUGUAGUUUUCUUCUCCGUGCUUUGAAUUCACUUAUUUGUUUGAAACAGAGGAAACACAAGUUACCAUCUUAGCUCCCCUUUAUUGCUAAAGUCACUAUUUAAGCACUGAGCAGUCAUUUAACUCGAAUUUUGGUAUGAACUGAAAGUUUGGGCCAGGUGAUAUUUAGUGGUCCACAAUCAUAACAUCAAGAUGAGUUUUCACUGGGCAGUAUAUCUUGUUGUGAGCGGUUUAGAGACAAACACCCUUACACUUUGCAGGUGACCUAAGCAUCUACCCUAUUUCUUGCUAUCUAACCUCCCAUGACUGCUGCAGAGCUAUAAAGUGACUCUUUUGGCUUUAUUUUUUUUCCUAUAUUCUUCUUAAUUAGCAUCAUUAAUAAAAGCAAUUAAUUGAUUUUCAGUAAUAUUUUCUCUGGGAAACUAUAGUGUCCUCUGCUAGCUGAACUCUAAGCCAAGGCCUUCCUUCUCUGUGUAAAAGCAAGAUAAUUCUUGGAGUCUCCACCAUACUCCUGCACCCUGAUCCUUCAUCUCUCCCAGCUAAAAGCUCUCCUGAUAAAGAAAUGUGGGAUGCUCAAAACGGACUCAUUUCACUGGAGUGGGAGCACUCCACAGUGUCCAAAUUACGUGCAGCAUCUGGUAGGGUCACAAGACAAAACAAUUAGGAACCUGUUUAAGUAAAAACAUUAAAAAACCCCAACCAUAAAACCACAACAGUAAUAAUAUUUGACUAUGUGAAUACACAAAAGAAAAUAGUGACAGAUUUUGCCUCUUUUUGGUCUGCAUUUAAAUUUUACUGCUAUCUGACUGGUCAGUUUGCUUGCUGAACAAAUAAGGUAAACAGAAAGAAACUCAUGAAUGACAAGCAGUAAAUAUUUCAUGUGCAUAAUUUAUUUUUAAAGUUUAUUACAUCACAUUAUACAAGCAUUAAACAUGGCUUUAUGUUGAUGAUUUUUUUUAAAGUGUGAAAACUUGACAUUCUUCUCCAUAGAAUUUUUCUAUUUACAAAUAAACAAUCUCGCUAUAUACUUUAUAUAUAUAUAUAUAUAUAAAUAUAAUAUAUAUAUGGUCAAUAAUGUAACUCCCCUCAGAAAGAUUUAAAAUAAAAAAGAACUGAUUUGUAAACACGGUUUCUGUUGUAGUAUUUGGUGGCUUGAAUAUAGAUGAUGUUCUAUUCCUAGAUUUUUCUUUUGUCAGAGUAUCUAGGUUGUUCAUUUAUGUUUUUAUUCUAAGAUCUGUAAAACCAGCAUGGGACAGAAUGCAAAAAACUUAGCAAACAGGCUGAAAAACAGUCCCAAUAUACAUUUUUUCCUUGGUUUUAAAAACUGGUGUGUAACUGCUCAUGAAGUACAUGCUGCUGUCAAGAAUGGCCUAUGGAGAACAAUCCUAUGCUCAUUGCAAGAUGAUUUCACAGUAAAUCCUCUGAUGUGUGCUGUCCUGCUUGCUAUGUAAAAUGUCUGUGCCAUGCAUUGAGGUUGCAGUUUUUUCUCAUUCUCUUGAAGGUAGUGGUCUUGUGGAGCUGGAAUAAGUAAACAACAUACAGGACUGUCACAUGGAGAUUUAAACAAAACACAUCAUCAGAUCAGGAAGAGAAUGGCAUAAAUUAGUUCUCUAGAGACUAUUAAAAUUCCAUUUAUUAUUAUA